UAAUAUUAUCAUCGGUAAUCCUCUAAAACUGUUUAGAUUCAUUAAUAACCUUCCUUCAUAUACACAUAGAAGAUCUCUUGAUCUGAGAAAAACAGAAAGUCCAACGACCGUUAAAAACGAAAUAAACCACCGAGAGCUUUCCGAGUAACUGGAUCCGUUAUCUGUCCGUUACAAAAAAUAAAAGUCAUGCCUUCUUCCCCGAGGCUGAAGCUCUUCCACGCGCGUACAUCACCCUCCACGCGCCGAUCGACGUCUCUGAUCGUCCUCAGCUCUCUCGCGAUCGGUCUAUUCGGAUUCAUCUUCGGCCUCUCCGCCGUCGUUUUCCCGAGCCGGACGUGCCUCACGAACUCCCCUCCGAAGACGGUGCGAGUCGUCUGGAACGUCGCCGGUGGUAAUGGUAAUGGUCUCAGCGGCGGAGUCAAGAGGCACAAGGUGAUGGGAUUCGUCGGUAUCCAGACCGGAUUCGGAUCAGCUGGCCGGAGACGAGCGCUCAGGAGCACGUGGAUGCCGUCCAAUCCUGAAGGGCUUCGACGCUUGGAGGAGUCAACAGGGUUGGCCAUUAGGUUUAUCAUAGGCAAAACCAAAGAUGAGGCGAAGAUGGCUGAGCUUAGAAGGGAGAUUGCAGAGUAUGAUGACUUUAUACUGCUUGAUAUCGAGGAGGAGUACAGUAAGCUCCCAUACAAAACUUUGGCUUUCUUUAAAGCGGCAUACGCUCUGUAUGAUUCAGAGUUCUAUGUUAAAGCUGAUGAUGAUAUAUAUUUGAGGCCAGAUCGUUUGUCUUUGUUGUUGGCUAAAGAGAGGAGUCACUCGCAGACAUACAUUGGGUGCCUGAAAAAAGGUCCUGUUUUCACAGAUCCAAAGCUAAAAUGGUAUGAACCUUUGGCAGAUUUGCUGGGGAAAGAGUACUUUCUUCAUGCUUAUGGCCCCAUUUAUGCUCUUUCUGCUGAUGUUGUCACCAGUUUGGUUGCCCUCAAGAAUAACAGUUUUAGGAUGUUUAGCAAUGAGGACGUGACAAUAGGUGCGUGGAUGCUGGCCAUGAACGUCAACCACGAGAACCACAAGACCCUUUGUGAACGAGAAUGCUCACCCCACUCCAUUGCUGUUUGGGAUAUACCAAAAUGCUCAGGGCUUUGUAACCCAGAGAAAAGGAUGUUGGAACUUCACAAGAUAGAGAGCUGCUCAAAGAGUCCGACUUUGCCAUCGGAAGAUGACUGAUCUUACUUCUCCUUUGAUGGUCGAAGAUCCGAGGCGACAUUUCCGCCAUUGAAGUUGCAGCUUCGCACAGAUUGUACGAGACUUUCGUUCUUUUUUUUAUUCACUUACUUUCUCCUCUGUACUUUAGGUGGCAAUGCCAGAAAAGCGAGGAGAGUUGAUCCUUCGCUUAAACGGCAAUAGGGUUUAUAAAAUUAGGUCUAGUAAAUUUUGGAUGAUUCCUUGUUGUACAAGUAUAAGGUUGAACUAAUUGCAAUUUCGAACUCGCAUUAUCGAUGAGGAAUGAAAAAAAAAACGAUACAGUGUUAAUCGAUUAAGCUUUUUU